GCGGCAGAGGAGGAGGAGGAAGAGGAGGAGGAGGAACUCCCGGGUCGGGGCUUCCCUCCUUCUCGCCUCUUCCCCCCCCCCCCCCCGCCGCCGGGCUGGCUCCGCCUGGGGGAGGCGGAGAGGAGGUAAGCCGGGUCUCGGUGGGUGGAGGCCCCCGUAUUCCCCCCCCUCCCGGGAAGAGCCGGGGUGCUUCUUCUUCGGCGGCUGGCCGGUGGAACUCGCGGCCACAAGACGCGGCACCUCGGCGGCGUGGGGAGGGGGCGGCGAGGCAGGCGAGCCUUCCUCCCUUCUGGACCUUCUUCCAGGCACGUCUUGUUUAGCCGGUGCUGAGUGACGUUCGUGGUGUUUUAGGGGCUUGGGGACAGGAUUCCUUUCCUAGCCCUUCCUGGAGAUUUUGGGGACUGGACUCUCUGGGCGCGAACGUCUGUGUGCUUUGCCCCUGAGGUUUGUCAACAUGAGCGAAAGGGCCGACAGCCUCCACUUCCAGUUUGACAACUACGGGGACUCCAUGCUGCAGAAGAUGGACAAGCUGCGGGAGGAGAACAAAUUUUGCGACGUGACCGUCCGCAUCGACGACCUGGAGGUCCACGGCCACAAGAUCGUCUUUGCUGCCGGCUCCCCUUUCUUAAGAGACCAGUUCCUGUUAAACGAUUCCAGGGAAGUGAAGAUCUCCAUCUUACAGAGCUCCGAAGUGGGGAAGCAGCUGCUGCUCUCCUGCUACAGCGGCGUCCUGGAGUUUCCCGAGAUGGAGCUGGUGAACUACUUGACCGCCGCUAGCUUCCUCCAGAUGAGCCACAUCGUGGAGCGCUGCACGCAAGCCCUGUGGAAAUUCAUCCGGCCCAAACAGCAGCUCAGCCACAAAGCGGACGGCGUGCGGCAGGCUGACUCUCCCGACCCAAAGGAGCGCCCGGGGACCGGGGGUGGGGGGGAGGAGGACGAAGACGAGGAGGACUCCUCCUUGCAGCCGGAUUCGCCUUGCGUCCAACCUUCAGAGGACAGCUUGGAUAUGGAGGACAGCGACAUCCAGAUCGUGAAGGUGGAGUCCAUCGGGGAGGCGGCGACGGAGGGGCGUAGCAAGAAGGACCCGGGCCAGUUCCUGGCCUCGGAGCAGCCGAGCACCCUCCAUUCCUCCGAACCCCAGCACUCGCUCAUCAACUCCACAGUGGAGAACCGGGGCGUGGAAAUGGAGCGGAGUCAGUUGCACAACUACGGCCUCUCGUACGCAGGGGGCGAGAGCCUCAUCCUGGCUCCCAAGGACCUGUUUGGCUCCAGCAAUCGGGGCGUGGACAAGGGCCUCCAGUGGCACCACCAGUGUCCCAAAUGCACCCGGGUGUUCCGACACCUGGAGAACUACGCCAACCACUUGAAGAUGCACAAGCUUUUCAUGUGCCUCUUGUGCGGCAAGACCUUCACCCAGAAGGGCAACCUCCACCGGCACAUGCGGGUCCACGCCGGCAUCAAGCCCUUCCAGUGCAAGAUCUGCGGGAAGACCUUCUCCCAGAAGUGCUCCUUGCAAGACCACCUCAACCUGCACAGUGGGGACAAGCCCCACAAGUGCAACUACUGCGACAUGGUCUUCGCCCACAAGCCCGUCCUCCGUAAGCACCUGAAGCAGCUCCACGGCAAGAACAGCUUCGACAACGCCAAUGAGAGGAACGUCCAGGACGUCGCGGUGGAUUUUGAGGCCUUUGGCUGCGGCCCGGGGAUGGCGGACUCCAAGGGCUGCCCGCCGGCCGAGGGAGGUCAGGGGCUGGACGCGGGCAAGCUGGCCCAGGCAGUGCUCGGUUUACGGAACGACAGCGCCUGCGUGAAUUGAAACGGGUUCCAAAACGUCUCUCUCUCUCUCUCUUUUUUAAAAAGAAACAUUUCUUUUCUUUCACUGGGGCAGGAAUCUCCUGAAAGGGAGCUGCUGCCUUCAUCUUUUCGGCCUGAGUGUCAGUUCCAAAACUUUCCGCCAAAGGAGCUAGGAGGGGCUGAGCCCAAAAUUGCAGCUGGCGUGCCGUUCCAUCCCAUUUUUGAUGUUUGGGGGCCGUUUUUUGUCCCCAUCGUGGAAGGAGCACCGAGGUGGUAUAGACCUCUCUCUUUUUGUUGAUAUUUACAGUUGUAAUCAAAAUUAUUCAACCCCCCAUUGCAAAUCCGGUCUGUUGUCAGCAUUUACAGACUUUCAGCUGUUUGCAGUGAACAAACCAAACAAAGGCAAUUGAAAUAGCGCAACACGAUGCUUCAAGCAGUUUCCCCAAAUUCAUCUGAAAAUGCCCUCUUUAAUGAAUUCUGCAGUCUGUAAAUCAUUCAACCCCCUGAAUAGAAUCCCCACACACACAACAACACAAAUAUGCAAAAACAGGUAUUGUCUCAAACAUACCUGAUGCAAUGAAUUAAGGGCUUUAUUUGUUACACUGAGCGUGCUUGAGUUGGAACACAUGAAAUAUCUGAGCUGGCAAGGAAUUUGGUGAGUGUCACAUUUGACUGUAUGUUAGAAAUAUGGUGAAGUCAAAAGAAUGGGCCAAAGAGUUAAAGAGAUUGUUGCCCUUCACAAGCAAGGAACAGGAUACAAAAAGACAGUGAAGGCACUUCAUGUUUCGAGAGGCACCGUUGAAAGCAGAGUCCAGAAGUUCUGUGGGGAAGAAAAAGGAAGCCCAUCAAUGACUGCAACUUGAUUUAUGCAAAGGCAGGCUGAGAAAAACCUCGAGUGACUGCAAAAGCUCAGCAGGAAGGCUUGGCAACAACAAGCACUGAGGUUUCAGUUUGCACAGUAAGGCCCGUACUAAACGCAGGUUUCCAUGCCAGAACUCCGUGAUACAUACCACUACUGACCCAAAAGCAAAGGAAAAUAUGAUUUGGCUCCAGUAUGCCCCCAAAUCAUAUAAACAAGCCACAGAAAUUUGGGGGUUCUGUUCUGUGGAGCGGUGGAACAAAACUGGAACAUUUUGAUCCGAUGGAUCAGCAGUAUGUCUGGAGAAAGAAGAAUGAAGCACACACUGAAAAGAACACUCUGCCUCCAGUUAAGCACGGCAGAGCUAUGGUGAUGCUCUGAGGCUGUUUUGCAUCCUCUGGCUGUGGACACCUGCAGCGUCUGGAAGACAAGAUGGAUUCAUUGAAGUAUCAGGAAAUCCUAGGAGAAAACGUCAUGCCAGCUGUGAGGAAGCUGAAGCUUGGGCGUUCUUAGACCUUCCUGUUGGACCUUCCAACAGGACAAUGAUCCCAAGCAUACCUCACGUUCAACCCAGGUUUGGUUGCAGAAGAAGUCCUGGAAGGCUCUACAGUGGCCAUCACAAUCACCUGUCUUGAACCCCAUAGAAAAUCUAUGGCGGGAUUAAAAGAAGGUGAUUGCAGCACGCAAA